AUGGAUACCUCCUCAGUUCCUCACCUUGACUACAGUCUGCAGUACCAGUGGUUCUCCGACUCGGACCUCUCCAGCAUCUCCUCCCCAGAGACACUUUCUCCUGUCCACUCCAUGGACUCCAGCCUCUCUCCUGGCUACCAGCAGCUCCCACAGUGUACUCCCAAGGGAGCCAAGACCGGUUAUUCCCAAAGCCUCAAGUCCUCACCGUGCUCCUUGUCCGGACGUGGGCGCAGGACUGGGAGGCCCACUCGGAUCCGGAGCAAGCAGAGGGAGAGCGCCAGCGAAAAGGAGAAAUUAAGGAUGAGGGAUCUGACUAAGGCUCUACAUCACCUCAGGUCCUACCUUCCACCUUCAGUGGCACCUGCCGGACAAACUCUGACGAAGAUAGAAACCCUCCGACUCACCAUCCGCUACAUCUCCUACCUCUCAUCCCAGCUGGGCCUCAGCGAAGAGGUGCUGUUUCAGAGGAGGGAACGAGCAGACACCUCAGUCAGUGACACGUCAUCCACUGACAUCCUCAGCUACUUCCAGAGUGCUUCCACAGGAGGACAAGUGACUCAGAUGCAGAGCCAGAAUCUGAUCCAGAGCAGCCUGUACCCAAAACCAUGUUAUAGCCAGAAUACUGUGCUGCAUUCUGGGAAUUGUAGUAUUGGAGUGGAUCAGCACCACAGACCAUACAAUGAAGCUCCCCAGAGAGAUAUGAGCAUGGACGGUAUCCUACAGUCGCCUCCAGUGCCACAGCCUUCCUGUCAGAUGUGUGGCAAAGACUUCUGCACCCCGCUGGUUCCAAGGGAGUAUUGGGGUUGA